AUGGCGUCUGCGCAGGAGAGAGAGGAGCUGGACGCAAGAGCGAGGCAGGGGGAGACCGUCGUACCCGGCGGCACUGGGGGCAGGAGCCUGGAGGCGCAGGAGCACCUCGCAGAAGGUCCCUCCUUCAUUCUCCCUCCGUUCUUCGUCGUCUUCGUCCUUACGAUUCUUCUCCGUCUUCUUCCUCCUCUUCGUGGAGUUAUUGAUUUGACUUCGCGUCCUUCGUCGUCUUCGUCCUUCCGAGUCUUCUUUGUCUUCUUCUUCUUCCUCUUCGUCGAGUUAUUGCGUUGACUUCCACCUCUCUGCUGCCCAGGGAGAUCCCGCGGAGGGCAAACCAGGAGGGAGCAGCUGGGGACAGAGGGUUACCAGGAGAUGGGUAGUCGCGGAGGGCAGACCAGGAGUGAGCAGCUGGGCACGGAGGGCUACCAGGAGAUGGGAAGCCAUGGAGGGCAGACCAGGAGUGAGCAGCUGGGCACGAAAGGUUACCAGGAGAUGGGAAGCCGUGGAGGGCAGACCAGGAAGGAACAGCUGGGGACUGAGGGUUACAAGGAGAUGGGGAGGAAGGGCGGGCUGAGCACUACGGAGCAGUCCGGCGGGGAGCGCGCAGAGCAGGAGGGGAUCGACAUCGACGAGUCUAAGUUUCGGACCAGUACCUGA